AUGGCUGGUUCAAUCGCUGACAACGCUACCUUAUACAAUGAGAAGAAGAAGGCUUUCACUUAUGUACCGCCAUCACCUCCGGCUGAACUCAUCGAGUCUACAUCCUACACGUUAGACUUUACAGCUAGAAAAUUUAUAAUUGUCGGUAUCGAUCCAACAGAACAACUUCAAACAGUUGUUAUUUUAUUAACAUCGUCACGUUAUGUGAAAAUUAGUAUAGAUUUUCUAAGACGGAUAUUCUCGCUUAUGGGUAACGUACUAUCUUUUAUAUUAGACACGCCGCAAAACUACAAGCGAACCAUAUUUCUCGAAACUGAUUCUUAUAAAAUAUCGAGUAUGGUGUAUAGCGGUUCAAACGUUCUAGUAAUUGAAUCUAAGACUGAAGACGGAUGUAGAGUUUUAUUAAAUCGUAUAGAUUUAAUAAAACUCCAAGAAUUAGAAUGGUGUAUUACUGCUAGUAUUAAAGAAAAAGAAGAAAAAAUAAAACCCGAAAUUAUUAAGCAAAUUAGUGAUUAUUGCGAGUAUUUGAGGGAAAAAUGCUUGCAAUCGGAUUCACCACCCAACAAUUUGAGGGAAAUGGAAAUUUUCAUUCGGAACGUUGAAGUCAGGCAGAGUAAAAAGACACCUAACCUCGGUCAAAUUAAAAUGUUUGCGACUACACAAUUGGCCGAACUUUGUAUGGCUCAUCGGAAAGUACAAGACUCAAAAGUGGCAUAUGGUAAGAAUUUCAAAACGCUGUCAUAUUUCUCACCUAACUAUUCGAUUGUAGAGGAAGGAAUAUCUAAAUUGUAUCAAGAAAUCGAUGCAUGUGAUGAAAUUAAUCCGUUGGAGAAUGAUUUAGUUGAGGACGGGUAUUCACCAAUAUCACCAAACUAUUCUCCAGCCAACAUUAUAUCAAGUAAACAGGAAGUUGCCACUACAACUAUUCUAGCUAAGUCCAUCGAUGAGAACGAUGGAUAUGAUUCUGACAAUUUGGCGCAGUACCCUCCGUGGUAUCACAAGCCAGAUCUAUACCUACGUCAACGAGCUUUAGUAGUUGAUGAGAAUGAUAGUCCAACGUCGUUCUCGAUUCAAUCACCACCACCGUCGCCAUCUUUUUUUGACAAGCCCUCUGCAGAUAUAUCAAGUAAACGGGGCGCUCAACACCUCACACCAUUACACGGAGUAAAACGUAAGGUUAUUAAAUAA